AUGCGGUUUAUUUUGCUCAUUCUCAUUCUGGCCCUCAUUUCUGUUGGUUUCGCAGGGAAUCAAACCCAACAAGAACUCGUCGAGGCUCGAGGAAAAAUCUGCGGACUCGAGACGGAAAUUCAAUGUGAACAAAAGAAAAGAAAUGAUGAAUUCACGAAGAUCAACUCGAAAAUCUCGCAAAGUGAUGAUCGAUCGACGAAGAUUGGUGCUGAAUUGAAAGAGAUAGAUUCCAAAGUCGCCGAAAUGUCAAGGAAAAUCGCGAAGUUGGAGGCCGAAUUACAAUUUGAAAGAGAAAAUAAAACGGCCGAAAUUGUGAAGUUGCGGGCAGAUUUAAAUCGAACGAUGACUUGGGUCUUGGAUCUGAAUGGAUGGUCGUAUUUGGCAAAAACCGCUUCUUGGUACAAGGUUAUCGAUCAAGGAAUGACAUUUGAACGAGCCGAGGCAUAUUGUGCGAGUCGAAAGAGCCAUUUAGUCUCCAUUCACAGACAGGAAGAGAACGAUUUCGUUCAGAAACUCGCGAAAACUGUUCCUUCGAAUCGGUUGUUCUGGAUCGGACUGGAGAGAAAUCCGAACGAAGGAAAUGCUUUUCAAUGGACGGAUGGAAGUUCGGUGGAUUUCACGAAUUGGUAUCCGGGACAUGAUUCGAGCACCCACGCUUUGCUUGGGAGCGGCGGUGGGAAUUGGUUCUCCUUGUUUGAUACCAAUCAGCUUCGUUUUAUCUGCAAAAGGAGCUCUCAAUUC